CAGAGGCUCAUGGUUCUUUCCUCCUGGGUUUCCAGAUCGUCCGUGAAGAUCGCAGCAUGGAGCAGAUCGUCUUCCCCGUCCAUCCUAUCUGUGAGUUUCUGACCGAGGAGUCAAAGGUGCGAGUUUUCAACACCACGGAGCAGGACGAGCAGGGGUCAAAGGUCACGCACUUCUUUGAACAGACGUCGUUUCUCCACGGAGAGAUGGAGUGGCAGAAGAAGCUGAGGAGUAUGCCGGUUCUGUUCUGGUUCUCCAGGAGGAUGUCUCUGUGGGGAACCAUCUCCUUCAAUCUGGCCGUCUUCAUUAACCUCAUCAUCGCCUUUUUCUACCCCUACGACUCUGGCCAGGGAGCCAUCGAUGACUCCAUGCUGCUGAUGCUGUUCUGGAUCCUGACCGGGCUCUCCAUCCUGGGCUUGUUCUCCAAGCAGUACGGCCUGCAGCCGCUCACUCUGGCUCUGAUCCUCCGCUCCAUCUACCACCUGGGCAUCGGAAACACGCUCAUUCUGCUGGGAUCGCUUAACCUGAUCAAUAAGGUGGUGUUCGUGGUGAGCUUCGUUGGGAACAAUGGGACGUUCAUCAUGGGAUACAAAGCCAUGGUGAUGGACGUGGAGUUCCUCUACCACCUGGCCUACGUCCUGACCUCCACGCUGGGACUGUUUGUUCACGAGCUGUUCUACAGCAUCCUGCUCUUUGACCUGAUCUACCGGGAGGAGACGCUGUUCAACGUGAUCAAGAGCGUGACCCGGAACGGGCGCUCCAUCCUGCUGACGGCGCUGCUCGCCCUCAUCCUGGUCUACCUCUUCUCCAUCCUGGGCUUCCUGUUCCUGAAAGAGGACUUCAUCAUGGAGGUGGACCCUCUGCUGCAGAUCUCUGCAGAUCCUCAGCAGACUGAAGCUUCUCAGGACUUCCUCAAGUCGUGUUCUGCAGAUGGAGUGAGCUGCACUGACGAGACGAAUGUCCCCGCCGCCGAGGAGGAGGAAGGCGAGUCCAACACGGAGCGGGCCUGUGACACUCUGCUCAUGUGCAUCGUCACCGUGCUGAACCACGGCCUGAGGAACGGAGGAGGAGUGGGAGAUGUCCUCCGCAGACCGUCCAAAAACGAGCCGCUGUUUCCCGCCCGCGUCGUCUACGACCUGCUUUUCUACUUCAUCGUCAUCAUCAUUGUUCUCAACCUGAUCUUCGGCGUCAUCAUCGACACCUUUGCCGACCUGAGGAGUGAGAAGCAGAAGAAGGAGGAGAUCCUGAAGACCACGUGCUUCAUCUGCGGUCUGGAGAGAGACAAGUUUGACAACAAGACCGUGUCGUUUGAGGAGCACAUCAAGAUGGAGCACAACAUCUGGAACUACCUGUAUUUCAUCGUCCUGGUCCGGGAGAAGAACCACACGGACUACACGGGUCCAGAGAGCUACGUGGCUCACAUGAUCAAGGAAAAAAACCUGGAGUGGUUUCCACGGAUGCAGGCCAUGUCCCUGGUGGUAACCGACGGCGACGGGGAGCAAAACGAGAUGAGGAUGCUACAGGACAAGCUGGGGGCGACCAUGAAGGUGGUGACGACGCUGACGGGGCAGCUGAACGAGCUCAAGGAGCAGAUGACGGAGCAGAGGAAGAGGAGGCAGAGGAUGGGCUUCGUGGACGUCCAGGCCGGAGCGAGCGGCACUCUGCCGCCAUCAGCUGCAGGAGGAAAUCAUCAGAUCUACAAACCAUGAAGGCAGCAGUGAGCAUCCAGCUGGACCGAUGCUGGAGAACCUGCAGCUGGUCCAACCUGAUCUCCAGAUGUGGAGAACCUGAACCUGCUUUUGUGUGCAAAGAUUAGCAGCAGUAGUUUAAGCAUAGGAAGAAACCUGCUUUGCUUGGUGCAGCUUCUAGUUUAAUGAGAUCUAAAUUAUUCUGCUAGAUCUUCAGAAGAUUAGGUUUGUGGAACCAGUAAACCAGCCCAGUUCAGACACACCUGGAAAUCAUCAGGAAACAUUGUUCCAUUUCCUGUGAACGUAGAAUUGUCCUGAAAUGUUUGAUUUUAUGUUUUACAGAAAGUCGAUCAUUUAAAUGUGAUCUGAUCACGUUAAAGAUGUCAGAAUAAAUAAACUUGUUUAGUUGAAUA